CGGAAAAAACAUGAAAUAUGUAAAAAUUCAGGAAUUUUAGCGCCAAUCACAUUAAUCUCCUGUUUAUUAAUUUUUUAUAUAGAUAAAUUACUACACAAAUUAUAAUCAAUAUUCGGAGCUCGGCCGCUGUAAAAUUCUAAAAUAGUUUUUAAAAAACUUGUCAAAAUGCCUGCGUAUUCUUUAAUUGAGCUUAAAUUACGACGAUACUUUUACUUGGGACAUGACUAUUGUAUAUAUGUCCCUCCUGCAAUUCGAACUUCAUUUUGGAAUCCAAAACAUCAUGAUGAUGUUACUGGUGUACGGAUAAUUGGAAAAAUUGUUAAAAAAAAUAAAACUGAAGAGAUUAAUUCAAUAGUUCCAAUCAUUUUAAAGAUUAAAAAAGAAGAUAAACUUCUUGAUGAUCGACUUCUGAUUUUUACAUUAGCUGUUUGUGCUAAAUUUAAUUUAAAACAAUGCAUAAAAAUGGUUACUGAUGCUUAUGCAGCAGUCUCAACAAUAUGCACGGAUGGAUUAAAACUAUUGAUGUUUGUUAAAUUCUGCUCAGUAGCUAAUAAUAUCCUUUUUGAUCAAGGUUUUUUAACUAGUAAGUCUAAUAGUCAUGGCCGUGGUUUCAUCAAAGCUAUGACUAGAUGGUAUUUAAAUAGAGAUCCAUUACUAACUAUAGAACAUAUAGUAAGGAAUAAACGUUAUUGUGGUUGGACUCACAGAGAUGUGAUGAAACUAAUUCAUCUUAAAACUGAUGAACCAUGCCGUAUUAUGUAUAUCGUUUACACUUUGAGUGGUAUUGAAAAAGUUGAAAGAUUAUUUGGAUCUAAAAUGAAAGACGUCUGUAUUGAAGAUAGUGAUGAAAUAUUCGAAAAUAAGCAAAUGAAAUUUAUUUACAAUUUUUUAAAUCAAGUAGAAAAUAUAAAACAAAUGGAUGAUUGUUCAUUACGCUAUGAAAUCGAAUUAAAUAGAUGGGGCCAUGAACCUGAAGUUAUACCACGAGAAAUGCUAAGAAAUCCAACUAUUUUAACUUCACUUAUUAUGCAUUUGCCCUUGAAAACCAUUUUGGAUAACACAUUCUUUUUUGCUAAAAACAGAUUAUUUUGCAAUUCAUCAUCCGAUGUAGGACUUUGGGAAUAUAUUUUACGUUUUAACAAUACAAAUUUAUUAAAAAAAUCAAAAAUACAUCCAAUUGAACCAUACAUAGAAUAUGCAAAAUAUUCUAGAACAGCCUUGAAUAUCUUGAAAUUGCAAAAUAAUAUUAUGAAAAAGAAAGAAAAUUCUGUAACUGAAUUAAUUGAUGAUAAGUUAAAAGUAUUAGUUAAGUUACAAAAAACACCAGAUAAAGAAGAAAUAAUUAUUCAAUCAACUGUAGACAAUGAAAGUGAAUCAUUUAGUGAAAAAACACAAAAUCAAAACCAGAAUGAUCAAAAAUGUAGUUCAAGUUCAGAAAACACAAAAAAUCAAAAACCAUUAGCUGAAACAUCAUGUAAAGAAAAUCAGAAAGAAAAACAAAACCAAUCAGCUGACAUUACCCAUCACUUAUCAAUUUUAAAUUUCAACAGUCAACAAAAUAAUGCUGGAUCAACUGAAGAAACAAUAGAGGAUGUGAAUCAGUCAAAAGAUAAUGAUGUCAACCAAAAUCAAUUUAAUACUUUUUUCUUAAUAAAACCACUUCCAAAAAUAGUAGACAAGUUAAACAAAUUUCUAACUGAAGAUCUUUUAAGAAAAACUUGCGAAAUCUUAAAUCCUUUCGGUGUUCGUAUAAUGAUAGUAUAUGACAAUCGAUUGUGUAUGAAGCAAAAAAUGUGUGCGUGUUUACAAAUGCUCAGUGUACAUGAAGCUAUUACAUUAAUUACAUUGUCUUUAAUUUACCCUGAAAAAUUAGAAAAUAAACCAACUGUAUAUGGUUUAAAUUCAAAUUCAUCUACAUCUAAAGAGAUUGAAAUUGAUUAUAACCAACCUUUGACUUUUGCCUAUUUAGAAUCCAUAUUGUUUAAGAGACCUGAGAAUCGUUCAAAUUUGGUAGGUUCUGAUCAUAAAAUGAUUUCUCAAGUUCAUCCUCAUUUAGCAUUAAAGUGGGCUAGAGAAAAUAAUAAAAAAUUUGAUGUUUUUGUAUUUAUGGGAACUAACAAUAUGAAUUUAAGACCUCUUAAAAAAAUUAUAAAAGGAUAUCAAGAAUUUUUUAAAAACCCAGUAAAAGUUAUUAUAUUUUGUCUAAAUGGAAAGCAUCAUGAACAAAUAAACUUAGGUCGAGAAAAUACGUUAUUUAUUAUUGGCUUUGAUAAAAACGUAGGUAAUCUAAUUAAUUCCUUUAUUAGAGGAGAUUUUUAA